GCUGGCAGCCGGAGACUUUCCGCUUCCCAGGCCUCGAGUCUGCCGCCCAGUCCCUCCUCGGUGGCAAAGCUUCCCCUUGGGAACCGCCGCUGCCCUCUCCUCGCUAGUCCAGUCCGCCCCAACCCGCGCUGCAGGCAACUGCGGACCAAAGGAAAGUGCUGGAGCCAUGGCGACUCCCUCUGCUGCCUUCGAGGCCCUUAUGAAUGGAGUGACAAGCUGGGAUCUCCCUGAAGAUGCCGUCCCGUGUGAACUGCUUCUUAUCGGGGAGGCCUCAUUUCCUGUGAUGGUGAAUGACAUGGGCCAAGUGCUCAUUGCUGCCUCCUCCUACGGCCGAGGCCGCCUGGUAGUCUUAUCCCAUGAAGACUACUUGGUGGAGACCCAGCUCUCUCCCUUUCUCGUCAAUGCUGUGGGGUGGCUUUGUUCCUCCCCUGGGGCUCCCAUUGGGGUGCACCCAUCCCUGGCACCUUUGGUCAAAGUCUUCGAGGGUGUUGGAGUAGAGGCAAAGAUCGAGCCAGAAGUGAACGACUCCUUAGGGGUUUACUGUAUCGAUGCCUACAACGAAACCAUGACGGAAAAGCUGGUCCAGUUUAUGAAGCGCGGAGGAGGCUUGCUCAUGGGAGGCCAGGCCUGGGAUUGGGCCAACCAGGGUGAUGAUGAAAGGGUUCUGUUCACAUUCCCUGGGAACCUGGUGACCAGUGUGGCAGGCGUGUACUUCACUGACAACAAAGGGGACACCAGUUUCUUUAAAGUCUCAAAGAAGAUGCCCAAGAUCCCAGUCUUAGUUAGUUGUGAAGAUGACCUGUCCGAGGACAGAGACGAGCUCCUGCAUGGGAUUUCAGAGUUGGACAUCAGCAACUCAGAUUGUUUUCCAUCCCAGCUGCUUGUGCACGGGGCCUUAGCCUUUCCUCUGGGCUUAGAUACCUACCAUGGCUGUGUUAUAGCCGCUGCCCGCUACGGCCGAGGCCGGGUGGUUGUGACUGGCCAUAAAGUAUUAUUCACCGUGGGGAAACUGGGCCCCUUUCUGCUCAAUGCUGUCCGCUGGCUGGAUGGAGGCCGAAGAGGCAAGAUCGUGGUGCAGACCGAGCUGCGAACGCUGAGCGGACUGCUUGCCGUGGGGGGUAUCGACACCAGCAUCGAGCCGCAUCUGACCAGCGAUGCCAGUGUCUAUUGCUUUGAACCCGUGAGCAACGUGGAUGUCAAAGAGCUGCAGGAGUUUGUAGCAGAGGGCGGCGGGUUAUUCGUUGGAGCUCAAGCUUGGUGGUGGGCCUUCAAGAACCCCGGAGUGUCCCCUCUGGCUCGAUUCCCAGGAAACCUCCUUCUUAACCCCUUUGGCAUCAGCAUCACAAGCCAAAGCCUCAACCCAGGGCCGUUCCGUACCCCCAAAGCAGGAAUAAGGACCUAUCACUUCCGCUCCACUCUGGCCGAGUUUCAGGUUAUCAUGGGUCGGAAGAGAGGGAAUGUGGAGAAGGGCUGGCUGGCAAAGCUGGGACCCGAUGGUGCAGCUUUCCUGCAGAUCCCCGCCGAAGAGAUCCCCGCCUACAUGUCUGUGCAUCGGCUUCUGCGGAAGCUGCUGAGUCGCUAUCGUCUUCCAGUGGCCACCAGAGAGAACCCUGUCAUCAAUGACUGCUGCAGGGGCGCUAUGCUGUCUCUGGCCACGGGCCUGGCCCACUCUGGAAGUGACCUCUCUCUCUUAGUCCCAGAAAUUGAAGACAUGUACAGCACCCCUUACCUGCGCCCCUUGGAGUCUCCCAUCACCGUUGAGGUCAACUGCACCAAUCCAGGCACCCGGUACUGCUGGAUGAGUACUGGCCUCUACAUACCUGGAAGGCAAAUCAUAGAAGUCUCACUGCCUGAAGCUGCUGCCUCUGCCGAUCUGAAGAUACAGAUUGGCUGCCACACAGAUGACCUGACCAGGGCCAGCAAGCUGUUCCGAGGACCCCUCGUGAUUAACCGGUGCUGCUUGGACAAGCCCACGAAGCCAGUCACCUGCCUCUGGGGUGGACUCCUCUAUAUCAUCGUGCCUCAGAACAGCAAGCUGGGUUCUGUGCCCGUCACCGUGAAAGGAGCUGUGCAUGCUCCCUACUACAAGCUGGGGAAGACAACCCAGGAGGAGUGGAAAAGACAAAUCCAGGAGAACCCAGGUCCCUGGGGAGAGCUGGCCACCGAUAACAUCAUCCUGACAGUGCCAACUGCAAACCUGCGUGCUCUGGAGAACCCCGAGCCACUGCUCCGCCUCUGGGACGAAGUGAUGCAGGCUGUGGCGAGACUGGGUGGCGAGCCGUUCCCUUUGCGCCUGCCCCAGAGGAUCGUGGCUGAUGUGCAGAUCUCAGUGGGCUGGAUGCAUGCUGGCUACCCCAUCAUGUGCCACCUGGAGUCUGUGCAAGAGCUCAUCAAUGAGAAGCUCAUCAGAACCAAGGGGCUGUGGGGCCCCGUGCACGAGCUGGGCCGCAACCAGCAGCGGCAGGAGUGGGAAUUCCCACCGCACACCACCGAGGCCACCUGCAACCUGUGGUGUGUGUACGUGCACGAGACGGUCUUGGGCAUUCCUCGAGGCCGUGCCAAUAUUGCCCUGUGGCCCCCCGUUCGGGAGAAGCGGGUCCGAAUCUACCUGAGCAAAGGGCCCAAUGUGAAAAACUGGAAUGCCUGGACUGCACUGGAAACAUAUCUGCAGCUCCAGGAGGCCUUUGGUUGGGAGCCAUUCAUCCGUCUCUUCACUGAGUACAGGAACCAGAGCAACUUACCCACAGACAAUGUCGACAAAAUGAAUCUGUGGGUCAAGAUGUUCUCCCACCAAGUGCAGAAGAAUCUGGCUCCCUUCUUUGAGGCCUGGGCCUGGCCCAUCCAGAAGGAAGUGGCUACCAGCCUGGCCUACCUGCCUGAAUGGAAGGAAAAUAUUAUGAAACUGUACCUUCUCACACAGAUGUAAGGAGUGCCCAUCAAGGUGGCAGGCCCCACUGAAGCUGACAUCAAGAAAAACGACAGAAAAAAAUGACAAAUCCUAGCCAAGAAAACUGAAGGUAUUUGGUGACCAUUGGAGAAUGUUUCAACACACUUCUGGGAGAGAGAAAGUGGAUGAAGCAAGGAAAUGAAAGAGCAAAGGUACCUUUCAGACGGAAUAUAAGCAGACCUGAACCCCAAAGAGACCCAAACACCAGGAAAGUCUGUCUACUAAAGAAUUGUACCCAUUGUAAAACUCACCCUCAUCCUGUUCUAGCCCUGCCCUUGUACACAGAACACAAGUAGCCUACUGUUGGUAUCAGUUAAAAAUUCAUUAUUGUUGCUGUUGUUGUUGUUUGUAUAAAGGAAUUGAAUAAACUGCCUGACCAGAGGUAAGAGUUGGUGUUCCAGAUAAAAUUCCUCUUUUUGUGAAAAUAAGUGCCCCCCAGCCUAUCAGAUAAUUCUCUACUGAGAGUUGAGACCCUUACUUAAGUACCUAGUGUUCCUGCUCAUAUGAGGGUCUCUGGAGAUAAAGACUUAUCCAUGCAACGGAAAGGAAAAUCCAACCAAAAUCUGUAAAUGUCAGUAGUUACAAUUGAUUCUUAAGUGUAAAUUUUCAUCUAGGAAUCCCCAGAUAUGGAAGGGAGGAGGAAAGAGCAAGGGAAAAGCAUGAGAAAAAUAAUCAAGAAGAAUUAAGGACGAUUGAAAAGGCCUACACACUCUGGAGGAAACAAAGUCAGCAUGGUAAAGAAGUAACUUAAAAUUGUAGCCACAUUUUCAGACAGAGUUGAGCUGCAUUUGUAAAAUGAUAAUAAGAUCUUACAGAAAAAGGGAAAAUUUUGAGAAUAACAAGAAAUCUUUGAAAACAAAAUAAACUUCCAAAAGUAUUCAGUAGGCAGCCUGGAAAUAAAAUGGAAGGACUCUUUGGACAUAGAGCAAAAAUAAAUAGAAAAUAUGAAAGAACAAAAAAGGUAUAGACAAUCAAAAUAUAACCAUUAGGAGUUGCUAGAAAAAAGAACCUAAAAAGAGUAAAGAAUAAAAAGAUUUGAAGAAUGAAAAGAGUUACAUCUUGAGAUUGAAGAGGCCCAAUGUUACAACCCAUGUCUAGGUACAAUCUUACAAAAUUUGGAAAUGUUAAGGGUAGAGGAUGAUAUUAAAAGUGCCCAGGGGAAAAAAAAUUAGAUCCUCAUAAUUAGCUCAACUAAAAAGAAUGAGAAAUAGAUUGAUGGCAGAUUUUUCCUCAGGGAUGUUGAAUUAUAACAGUCAAGGGAACAAUGUGCUCAUACAACUUCAAGAAAACAUCCCCAGGAUUCUGUAGAAGGCAAACUGGCAAAGAGUAAGGUCAAAAUAAGUAAGGUCAAAAUAAGAGUAAGGUCAAAAUAAGAGUAAGGUCAAAAUAAGAGUAAGGUCAAAAUAAAGGCAUUUUGUGGCUCCCUCCUUUGUACCCUUAUUGAGAAAGUACCUAGAGGAAGUUCUCCAGAAACAUAAUGAAAACCAGGAAAUAGGAAGAACUCGGAUCUAGAAACUUCACCCCAGAAGUCUCAUUCUCAAGUACCAGCUAGCCAGUUGCACAACUCACCUAGAGUGAUAAUUAUCCAAAAGAAUGUGUCACUCCACGGUGCCAUUUGUCCAGCAGACCCAUUUUGGAUGAGAACACACAGUCGAGGGCUUUCUGGGAAGAAUUUUUAUUCUGCCCCAUAGACAGUACAAUAGGGAAGCUAGAAAGUUGGAAAAUAUGGAAGACACACAUUCUUUAGCCAACCAAAAAACAGACAAAUUAAAAAUGUACCAGAAAUUCGGACCAAUUAUGAAGCAAAACAAAACAUGGCAUGAUUUUAAUGAUUUAUGGAAUGUGUAGACUUGAUUUGACCUAGGUGGUAAGUACAUUCCCUUUCCAAUGGUACGUGCAUGUUGACAUUGGAUGUGAAGAAAAUACCUAGCUUCUACCUGGUUUUCAUACUUAAAAAAAAAUUUUUAUAGCCCAAAUCAUGUAAAUGCCAAUUAUUGGUCUUCAGUGUUCUGAUAUCAGCAAACAGUGAAAGAAAUCAUAUUUUAUUCGAAAUGAAGUUCAAAACAAUGCUGACAAGUUAAAAAGAAAGGAGAAAGAGGUUGAGAAUUAGUUGGGAGAAAAAAGGAAAGAAAGAGUAGGGCUACUUAUGUAUUCAAAGUGGAGAUGAAAAGAUAAGGUCUUUAGUUAACGGGAGAACAACUAGAUAAUUACUGUAUUGGUCAAUGCUG